CCAGACUCCGGCGAAAAUCUAAAGCGGAAAAGGAAAGACAGCGCCUUGCACUCCGUCUCGUGUCUGAAGAACCAAAUGGAUAGGAGGGCGGCGUCGCAGGGGGACUAUGACGAGCAAGAUCGCCGGGUGAAAGGUGCCGAGGUGUUUGUCGGCGGGUUGCCGCGGUCGGCGACCGAGGGGACGCUCCGAGAGAUAUUUUCUCCUUGUGGUGAGAUUGUUGACUUGCGCAUAAUGAAGGAUCAGAACGGUGUUUCCAAGGGAUUUGGGUUUGUGCGAUUUGCUGAAAGGGAGUGUGCUCAUAUUGCUAAAAGGCAAAAGAAUGGCAUUGAGCUUCAAGGAAAGAGACUUGCUGUUGAUCUUUCCAUGGAUCAGGAUACUCUCUUCUUUGGAAAUCUUUGCAAAGAAUGGAGUGCCGAAGAAUUUGAAGAAUUGAUUUAUAAGACAUUCAAAGAUGUCUUAUCGGUUGACCUUGCAAUGGCUUCAAAUCUUGAUUCUUCAGCAAGCAGAAGACGUGUAAAUCGAGGCUUUGCAUUUGUGCGAUUUUCUUCUCAUGGCGCUGCAGCACGUGUACUCCGCAUUGGUUCCAGAACAGAUUUUCUGCUUGGUGGUAUUUUGCAUCCUGCAAUAAAUUGGGCUGAGAGGGAAUCUAAUGUGGAUGCUGAUGAAAUGGCCAAGAUUAAGACUGCUUUUGUUGGUAAUCUACCAGCAAAUGCUAAUGAGGACUAUCUGAAAAAGCUUUUUGGACGUUUUGGAGAGGUAAUGCGGGUUGCGGUCUCAAGGAAAGGACAAUACCCAGUUGGAUUCAUUCACUUCAGCAGUCGUUCAGAGCUUGACAAUGCAAUAAAAGAAAUGGAUGGUAAAACAGUCAGCGGACCUGACCGAGGACCAUCUUUCAAGAUACAGGUUACAGUUGCUCGACCUGCAGUAGAGAACGAUAAUAAGAGAGGUCGCGAAGAGUUGAAAACUAGAAGAUCAGAUGUUUCAAGGGACAAGCCAGAUUAUUCUCAUGGCAGAUAUGGACAUGAUUCGCUUCAUCGUCAAACCAAAGCUCCAAGGCUAUCGAACAUGGUGUCUGAUGUCGCCGACCCCUAUGAAGCAGCUGUUAAUUCACUACCUUCAGCCGUCAAGGAACUCUUACUUCGAAUUUUGCGUCUUGGGAUUGGCACUUCAUAUGAUAUUGACAUCUAUUGCAUAAAGAGCCUAAAUGAGCUUCCUGAGUCAGGUGCUGUUGCCGUCCUUAAUCAGUUUUUGAUAACAGGUGCCGAUAAACGAAAUAAAGGAGAAUAUUUCGCUUCAUUAAUUGCUAAGCGCAAGGUUGAGGCUUUUGGCGUAGCACACAUCUCGCAGGAUACUUAUUUGCCCAGAAAUCCUGAAAUGCAAACCAAGCGAUACCGACAUCAAGAUUAUGAUUACACCGCAUCCGGGAGCAGUAGAUACAGUUCCCUAGGUGAUUAUUCUUCCUCAUCUUAUGUUGACGACCCAAUAGUGUCUCAUUCAAGAAGGUAUGCGGAAGAAAGACCCACUGUUGUAAGAUACCCAGAGCCAAGGCUGCGGCAAGAGGAAAUAUCGCAUGAACCAAGACAGAACAUCGGAAGGCAUCUAGACCGAAGAUACACACAAGAACAGAGUUACAAUGAAAGAUCAGCGCAUGAACCCAGGAAGGACACCGGAAGGCAUCUGGAUGGUAGAUAUGCACAUGAACCGAGCUAUACUGAAAGAUCAGCACAUGAACCGAGACAGGACACUGGGAGCCGGCAUCUAGAGCGAAGAUACACACAAGAACAGAGUUACACACAUGAAAGACCAGCCGAAGAAGCUGUUUUUCCUAGGGAAAGGAGAGUGUUAUCUGCUGCAGGGUACACCACAAACACAGCCCCAGAAUUCAACUCCAGGUCUUCUGCUGAAUAUUCUGCUGAACAGCAGCAAAUGAGGUUUGAUCCCUUCACGGGCGAGCCUUACAAGUUUGACCCCUUCACCGGGGAGCCCAUCAGGCCUGGCGCAAGCCUGCGUCGCUCUGGUAGCUUAUACUGACCAGAUUAGUUGAAGCAGCACUUGGGGUGUGGUAGAGUCGUAGAGAAGUCUGUCUUUCCUGAAGAAAUUCUCGCAUCUUUCCGACCAAAAAGCAGGAGCUAAGGUUUAUGAUACUAUAUGACAUUAGGAAUUAUUUAAGAAUACUGGAGUAUGUUUCAGUAUGAUUUUAUGACUUCUUCUGAUAUUGGAACUAUCCACUUGUUGGUGUUUCUUCUGA